GCUUGGUAGCAUUUACGUUUCAGAAACAUUAUCACCAUCGGGCCCGCACCGUCCUUAUCAGCCUCGUUUCGGUCAGUCGCGUCUCACUCUUCCUGUACUUAUCUCGCUUUCAUUCUUAAGAAUCCGUGCAGGUUCUGGCCUGGACGGACAGAGAGAGAGAGAGGCAGCACAGCAUGCGAGCUUAAUAUGCAUCGGUCCUACGCCCAGCCAGCAGCAGGAGCACAGUACAGCAGCAGCCUUCCGAAGCCAGGGGCCAAUCCCUCAGUUAGUCUCUGUCUGGACGCGAACUGGUUCGCCCGGAAAGGAGUGAAACAGGAGCCAAGCUUACACAGCAUACGGAAUUGAACACAGAAGCAUUGUGUUAAAUGAAGCAGCACGGCCGUCUGAUAGGUGUACCCAGUUCCGAUGCUUAAAGUUGCUGGUGGCCCGUGAUUUGGAUCAGCUCUUAUCAGCUUGUACAGCAGCCGAAGAAAAGCGUGUCGUGGGUUCUAGUGAAAGUGCAUGAUCAGUGCCGCAAUCGGUGUAUCGAAUCGAAUCGUCGUCAACAGCUGCAAAAGUGGCCACGGCAAGCGAUGUUUAGAUACGGUCAGCCGUGUUACUUCACUCUUCUGUGCGCGAUUGCACUAGUGGCGCUACUUAUCAGGUCGACGCAGGGCUGCGAUCUGGACCAAACGCAACACGGAUGCCGGAUAGAUAACGGUCAGUGCACUUGUGCGUUCGGCUGCAAAUCGGAAUUUCGCUACGCCACACGGAAGGAGUGCCAAGAUGCGCUGAAGGGUCGCACGAGCGACAUCUGCAACCGUCAGCCGUGCCUGAACGGUGGAACGUGCACGCAAGUGACGACCAUGCCGCAGUACAAAUGUCGCUGUGAAGGAACCGGCUACUGGGGCAACCGAUGUCAUCGCAUGUGUCCCAAACCCGACCAACUCCCGCCCGGCAUGAAAUUCCCGCACGAGUGCGUCGUUAUUUAGAUGCUGGCUGUUCUAUUGUUAGCCUCUACGCGUCCACAUAGCUCCUUACAUCAGUAUAGCAAGCGAAUCUCUGGAGAGAUUGCCACAUUUAGUACAAUCGGAAGAGUACGGCAGUGCUCGCUCAUCAAACCAACGGCCUACAAUGGCUGCAAACCAACCGAGUGUUGCAGCUGUUCAUAGCUUUAUGGUGAACCUUCACAACUUUGCUAGCAAACGGUUAAGCAGUUGGAACAAAACGGAUAAAAACAGCACUGAAACCGGCACCAAACUACUGCUGGAACGGACGAGUACUCCUCACCCUUAAGGACGGACAAAUGAUAUCGCACACUGAACCGUAAAAUGUCCUCGCUCACGAUUACAAUACGUACAGCGAAAAGUUUGAAUCAAACUGUUCGUUAAUGCAUACAUUCUUACAAUAAAAAUUCUACUGGUAAAAUGUC